AUGGAGAAGCAGCAGAGCUUCGAGCACGAGGACGUGGCCAAGUCCCAGGAGCCUUCCCUCAACGCCGUCGACGACUAUGUCCCCGGAACCGACGCUGAGAAGAGACUUGUGCGGAAGAUUGAUUUCUAUCUUCUUCCCUGUAUGUGGUUUAUGUACUUGUUAUCUUAUAUGGACCGUACCAACAUCGGAAAUGCCAAGAUUGCCGGUAUGGACGUUGAUCUUGGACUCGACUCCAACAGAUACUCCAUUGCCCUGAUUGUCUUCUUCGUUGGCUACGUUGUCUUCGAAGUCCCUUCCAACAUGAUCCUUGUCCGCACCCGACCUUCAAUCUACCUCGCCACCAUCAUGUUCCUCUGGGGAGGUGUCACCAUUGCCAUGGCCUUCACUCCCACCUACGCCGAGCUUGUUGGUCUCCGUGCCCUCAUGGGUUGCCUGGAGUCUGGAUUUGCCCCCGGUAUUCUGAUGCUGCUGUCAUCCUGGUACAAGAAGGAGGAGCAGAGCAAGCGUUUCGCUGUUUAUAUUUCAGCUGCCAUUCUCUCCGGUGCUUUCGGUGGUCUCCUUGCUGGUUCCAUCACCAAGGGUCUCGAUGGCGCCCACGGCAAGGCUGGUUGGCGAUGGCUUUUCGUUGUUGAGGGUGCCGCCACCAUGGGUUUCUCCCUAAUCGCCGCCUUCGUCCUUCCCGACUUCCCCGCCACCACUUCUCUAGCCAAGUUCAACGAGGAGGAGCGCGCCCUUGCUAUCCGUCGCCUCCAGAGCGAGUCUCGAACUGUCACCACUGAGGAGAACCGCCUGACUCCCCUCGCAGCCUUCAAGGCCUCCAUGACCAACUGGCGCACCUGGCUCUUGGUUGUUGGUUAUAUGGCGAUCGUCGGUUCUUCUACACUCUCCUACUUCUACCCUACUCUCGUCAAGGGUCUUGGCUACGAAUCUACUGCCGCCCAGUACAUGACUAUCCCCAUCUUCGGUGUUGCCUUCGUUUCCACUGCCAUCACCGGAUUCUUCGCUGAUAGAUACGCCAAGUACCGUGGCCUCAUCCUCGGCGCGUGGAUGACUGUUGCCAUGGUCUGCUCCAUCAUCAUCUGCGCCGUCUACAACUACACUGCUAGAUAUGCUCUGCUUGUCAUCAUGGCCUCAGGUCUCUGGGCUUCCAACGGUCUUGCUCUUUCUUACGCAUCCGUCACCUUCGCCACUGUCCCCGAUGAGGUCCGCGCUGUUUCCCUGGCCUUUGUCAACGCCAUGGGUAACCUGGCCCAGAUCUACGGUGCCUACCUGUUCCCCUCCACUGACGCCCCCAAGUACCUGAUGGGUUUCGGUGUCAUCAGCGGUCUCUGCUUUACUGGUGUUGUUUCUUACAUUGCUCUUCACUACCUGCUUGCCCGCUACCAGAGCCGCCGCGCCGGCCAGGUUUAG